UAUUUUGGAAGGAUUAUGCGGCUGAGUAAAUAAUCGUAUACUUACAUACAUAUAAAUAAAUGGGAAGAUCAUAUCUAUUCGUAUUCGUGCAAGAUGGGGUCGCGUUGGACACACGCGCUUCCGCUGUGCUGUCUCCUCGGAUUCAUUUUCGUAGAUACGAUGACUGUGUCUGCGGAUGUUACCGCCACCCACGCCAACGGUGCAUCUCCGCUGCAAGCUUCUCAGAUUCGCCGUAUCCAACCACACAAAGAAAACAUCUACAGGAUUGAUAUGAAGACAGGCUCGUUCGAAGUGGUCGACGACAACAACGAUACGGCCCUAACGCAACGACAGGACACAGCGUCUCCCAAUACGGGUCCGGCAAAGAGCCGCAGCCAGUCGAGCAAAGACCACGCCCCUGCGCUCGACAACAUCUUGCCCCGACACUGGCGGACACCUCAAGAGUCCCAAGACCCCAGUGCCAGUAGCAGAAAACGAAGGAAUACUCCGGAACUGUCCACUGGCUCUUGGACUGUCUUCAGCGGCAACAAAACUGCAACAGUCACCAGCUUCUCGGGAUUGCAAGAUCAAAUUAGAAAGAACGUAAAAAACAAUUAGGGCCCAUUUGCACGGUGCGAGAACUCGCAUCCGACUAGGUAAAUAACGAUUUGUUUAUUACCUCAAUUAAGAAUUUGUUAAUAAAUAUGUACAUCAUUA